CCGAUGAGAGCUCCAUACCUCUCUUGGCUGCUGACAGCCAACAGCAUCGAGACCAGCUGUCUUACGUCUCUCAUAUUCGUCGCGCGGUACAAUGGUCAGCCAUUCGGGUCUGCAUCCACCCACUUUGCCCACACUACCCAUCACAAGGUCGUCUUCCAGCCGGGCACACCUCGCAAUCCAGGCCAAGCGACAGGGCAGUGCAAUGUGAAGCUCACAGACACUGGACAAGCGUAUCCGCAGAAUUCUGAAAGCGGGAGGGAGAGUCGACCUGGAGGUGCAGCUGCAGGCUGAUGUUCAGAUUCAACGUUUCAAGGCCUCACUCUUCGAAUAUACUCCAGCUAAGUUGCCACCAAGUAUCAACGGCCUCAAGGUUGUACAAAAAUCGCUCUGGGUGCUGCCGAGCUGAUGGGCCGCGACUGAGAUUGUCAUAACUUUUCUCUCAU